GCGAACAAAUAUACAAUCUUUGAAUCCUUUAAAAUGUGAUAAAAUAGAAUAGAAUAUAUGCGCAUAGACUUUUCUCCUCAAGCAAAAGUUAAAAGUCAACAUAUUCGAUCCAGAUUAUUUGUGUGUGCAGAUUAUAUAAAAACCAUGGCUGCCUAAACUUAUCUUCUCGGCCAUAACCAGACGAAAACAAAUUCACCAAAGCAGGAAGAAAUAGAGAGAGCAAGAGAGAGCAAAUAUUAUUAUACCAAAAAAAAAUACAUUUUGUGAGGGAGAAGAAAUAAGAAAAAUGGAGCAGCCUUAUGUGUACGCUUACCCACCAGGGACAGCCCCUUCGGCUCCUCCGCCUCCACAAGGAGGUGGCAGCGCAGGAGGGAUAGUGGAUCAAAGGUUCUGCGCUCCGUACCCCGUGGAUCUAGCGAUCGUGCGGAAAAUGAUGAAGUUGACUGACGGUAACUUCGUUAUAACGGACGUUAACGGGAACCUGAUGUUCAAGGUGAAGGAGCCGGUGUUUGGCCUUCACGACAAGAGGAUCUUAUUGGAUGGUUCUGGAUCUCCGGUCUUGACUUUGAGAGAGAAGAUGGUGAGUUUGCAUGACAGAUGGCAAGUAUUUAGAGGAGGGAGUACGGAACAGUGUGAUCUACUGUACACGGUUAAGAGAUCAUCGAUGCUUCAGUUUAAGACCAAACUUGAUGUGUUUUUGAGUCACAACAAGGAAGAGAAGAGAUGUGAUUUCAGGGUCAAAGGGAGCUGGCUCGAGCGCUCUUGUGUCGUCUACGCCGGCGAAUCUGACGCCAUCGUUGCCCAAAUGCACAAGAAGCACACUGUACAGAGCGUGUUCCUGGGAAAGGACAAUUUCUCCGUGACCGUUUAUCCAAACGUAGAUUAUGCCUUCAUCGCCUCUCUCGUCGUCAUUCUCGAUGAUGUUAACCGAGAAGACCGCGCCGCCGCUGGCAGCAGCUGAUCACAAGCUCACGUAUUAGUUAUAUAUAUAUAUAUAUAUAUGCUUUUGAUUUUGUAUUUGUAUUUGUAUGAUAUGUUGUACGUUCUCUGGACACUUUGUAACGUGGGAUUUCUUCUUAAACACUUACUGUGUCAUUUUCUUUCUAGCUACUUGUAAAAUUAAUUAUCUUAACUAUAUGAACAUGUUUUCUUUCAGUA